UGGGCUAUAAUGAAACCCGGACUGUCUUACCUACGGCUAUACGACUACGGCUACGGCUAUACCGAAAUCUCACUUCUCAGCUCACCUGGAGCUCAGUUGAGUCUUGAUAAGUGCGUCGCACAGUUGUAAUCGCGCUUCGCAAAGUUAUCACAAUGGAAAGUCGCAAGUCUCAUUAGAAACACGUCUUUUAUAAAGUGAAUGUUGGUUAACUACUGAGUCUUAUGGUUAUUUUUCUUGUGUGUUCGAAGUGAAAGUGCAAUCAAUACUUCAUAUCUUCUCUUAAGAAAAAAAUAAAAAAGAAAUUUUGCAAAACAAAACAAAAGAUUAACCAAAUUUGUUAAUUGAAAAUAUAAAAAUAUUCGUUAAAAGUUUGGAUUAAUACGAAUUCUGCCAGCAGAGAAAAAACCACAACUGGUUUUUGGAUAAAAUAUUGUUUCUAUACAAAAAAGGGAAUGUUUUGACGUGCAAAUUAUUUGACUGAAAGCCAACAUUAAUCAAGAUGACAGUAGUGUAUGACAAAGAAAAACAGAGUGGCCGUCAGUUCGAGUCGAAAGCUAUUGACAGCAACAUUGAGGAAACUGAACCGUUAACAUGGAAGUUUUGGAGGAAACGUCGUUACAUCGUUGUCCUGAUGGCAUUUUUUGGAUUCUUCAAUGUCUACUCGUUGCGUGUGAAUUUGAGUGUUGCGAUUGUAGCCAUGACAGAAAAUCGAACGAUGACCGCUGAAGAUGGUUCGAUUUACUAUGAACAAGAUUUUCCUUGGGAUUCAAAACAGAAGGGUUUGAUACUAAGUUCAUUCUUCUAUGGAUACAUUCUGACACAGUUUUUGGGUGGUUUGAUUGGAGGACGCAUUGGAGGAAAUCUAGUAUUUGGAAUUGGCAUUGGAAGCACAGCGAUUUUGACAUUGCUCACACCUUUAGCUGCGUCACACAGUCUUGGGAUGUUCCUUGCUGUGAGAAUCGUUGAAGGAAUCUUUGAGGGUGUAACGUUCCCAUGCAUCCAUGCAGUUUGGUCCCGUUGGUCACCACCUUUGGAAAGAUCUCGAAUGGCUUCAAUAGCCUUUGCUGGCAAUUAUGCUGGCACCGUUGUUGCAAUGCCACUGUCUGGUAUAUUUGCCACAAAAUACGGUUGGGAGAGUGUGUUCUAUAUUUUCGGGACGAUUGGGUGCAUUUGGUUUGUUUUGUGGGUGAUAAUUGUCAAAGAAGGUCCCGAAAAGGAUCCACACUGCUCGAUGGAGGAAAGAGAGUUUAUUGAGAAGAAACUUGGAACUGUUGGUCGAACUAACGUCAAACAUCCUUGGAAAGAGAUUUUCAAAUCGCCACCAGUGUACGCUAUAAUAGCUUCGCAUUUUUCAGAGAAUUGGGGAUUCUACACGUUGUUAACUCAGUUACCGACUUUCUUAAGGGAUGCUCUUAAUUUCAAUUUGGAUAAGACUGGAUUCCUCUCUGCUGUUCCAUAUCUGGCUAUGGGCAUUUUGCUCGGUGUUUCAGGAUACCUCGCAGACUGGGUGCAAGUCAAAGGCUAUCUGACUACAACUCAAGUUCGUCGCUACUUCAAUUGUGGUGCUUUCCUUGCACAAACCGUCUUUAUGAUUUUGACAGCCUACUUCCCGGAUCCUUUGUGGAGUGUUGUCUAUAUAACCAUAGCUGUUGGACUAGGAGCUUUUGCUUGGUCUGGAUUUGCAGUUAAUCACUUGGAUAUUGCUCCACAACACGCCAGUGUUUUGAUGGGAAUCGGAAACACUAUAGCUACAAUUCCAGGAAUUGUUAGUCCCCUGCUUACAGGAUAUAUAGUUCAGGAACAGAGCACUGAUGAAUGGCGUAUAGUUUUCUUCAUAUCUGCAGGAAUAUACUGCGUAGGCUGUGUUAUUUAUUGGUUAUUUGCCUCUGGAGAACUUCAAGAUUGGGCCAAAACUCCCGAACAGCUUGCAGCUGAAGCUGAAGCUAGAGCAGUUCUAAGGGCAGAACAACCGGUAGUUGGUGGUUAUACAAACGAGGCUGUAGAAUUAAAAGAAUAAUAAACUUGCCAAUAUUAUUUAUGUAGAUGUAUUAAAAAUUCCUUUGUGAUAGGUUAGAUUAAUGAUAAUUCACAUUUAAUUCCUUAUACGAGUAUGUUAUGUUGUUAAAAGUUUAUUUAAGCCCAAAAGUGCAAUACAAAUAAUAAAAAAAUAAAAUAUA